AUGUCCAACGGAUAUUCGCAUUCCCUCCCUGUUGAUAAGGUCGAGCCCAAUAUCGAUGCGAUUGCAGAGAACGAACAUACCCCAUCCGAUCCAGUCGAGUCCUAUCCUGUCUACGAGUCCUCCCCCGAGCCCGAUGCCGCGGAUGAUUCAUACGAUGCCGAAUCUCCGGCUUCGGAUGGAGAUGAUGAUGAUGUAGUGAUGGAAAAUAGCGAUGAUGACAUGGCCCAGUCAAGUCGUGAAAACUCUGCAUCCCCGCAUGCCGACCAAGGACUCAAGCGCAAAUCAUCACCGCCGGAUGAGCGAGAGUAUAUCAACCAAAAUGCGGACUUGUUUGGGUUGCGUCGGAGUGGUCGUGCCCGUACAACACGUCGUCUUGCAGAUUCAUCCGAUUCUGAAUCCGAUUCGGUCGCGCCGCGCUCUAAGCGCCGGCGCAAGGAGCCUUCUCAACAGCCCUCAAAGACCUCGCGAUCAGCAACUGCCUCGUCGUUAUCGGAGACAGACAGCGAUGAAUAUGGCGGCAAAGGUGCUCGUGCGAAUAAGGCAAGACGCCGCCGCCUCCAGCAAGCUACAGGCAACGAGUCUUCCUUCACCGAAGUUCGUUUCUCCACAAGAAACGCGUCUAAGAUAUCAAACUACAACGAGGACGAGGAUGAUGAAAUAUUCGAAGAGGACCCAGAUGAGCUCAAACCGAGCUACUGGGGUUCAGGCUACGAGGAAGAUAAUAGACCAGCCGUUGAUGUCGUCCUCAACCAUCGACUUAAAGAUGGCGUCGAUCCUAAUAAUCCUGAUACAGAUCGCCAAGAUUUCGAGUUUUACAUCAAGUGGCAGGAUCAGUCAUAUUACCAUUCUAGUUGGGUGCCGAAUGAAGACCUUGUGAACUACCGUAGCACUCGUCGAGUGGACAAUUAUGUUCGCAAGGUGCUGAAUGAAGAUCUUCGGCUUAAGCAUGACCCAGACGCCCCCCCAGAAGAUCGGGAAAAAUGGAACCUCGACCGUGAAAGAGAUGUCGAAGCAAUUGAGGAUUACAAACAGGUUGAACGAGUGAUCGGUGCCAGAGAGGACAAUGGCAUAACUGAAUAUCUCGUCAAAUGGAAACGGCUUUUCUACGACUCAUGUACGUGGGAGGCGGAAGAUCUGAUUAGUGUCAUCGCACAGCGCGAAAUUGAUCGAUUCAUUGAUCGUUCCGCCCGGCAUCCCGUUUCUGACAAAUUGGAAUCAAAUCCGGCCACGCGCAAUACGUUCGAGGCAAUUCAUACCACGCCAAGUUUUUUGCAAAAUGGCGAGCUAAAGGACUUCCAGAUCAAGGGUCUGAACUUCCUUGCUUUCAACUGGGUUAGAGAUCGAAAUGUGGUGCUAGCGGAUGAGAUGGGGCUAGGCAAGACAGUCCAAACCGUGUCUUUCAUAAACUGGAUGCGUCAUGUUCGCCGACAACAAGGACCUUUUAUUGUUAUUGUGCCCUUGUCAACCAUGCCAGCAUGGGCCGAUACCUUCGACAACUGGACACCUGAUCUGAACUAUGUUGUUUACAACGGUAGUGAAAAAGCUCGUGGUGUUCUCCGUGAUUAUGAGUUGAUGGUGGAUGGUAAUCCCAAGCGGCCAAAAUUCCACGUGUUAUUAACGACCUAUGAGUAUGCCAUGAAUGACUCGCCAUUCCUUGGACAAUUCAAAUGGCAGUUCAUGGCCGUUGACGAGGCACAUCGUUUGAAGAAUCGCGACUCUCAGCUCUAUAUGAAGCUGGUGGAGUGGAAGUGCCAGGCGCGCCUGCUUAUUACGGGCACUCCGAUCCAAAACAAUCUGGCAGAGUUGUCAUCCCUUAUGGACUUUUUAAAUCCCGGUGUGAUCCAAGUGGAUGUCGAUAUGGAUCUCAACUCUGACGCUGCAUCACAAAAGCUGGCUGAGUUGACUGAUGCCAUUCAGCCAUACAUGUUACGACGUACCAAGUCCAAGGUGGAAUCCGACCUCCCUCCAAAGACUGAGAAGAUCAUUCGUGUGGAACUCUCCGAUGUCCAGCUAGAGUACUACAAAAACAUUCUCACGAAAAACUAUGCUGCGCUAAAUGACGGUGCCAGAGGAAUGAAGCAGUCGCUUCUGAACAUCAUGAUGGAGCUGAAGAAAGCAAGUAACCACCCUUUCAUGUUUCCUAAUGCGGAGGCUAGGAUUUUGGAAGGCAGUACUAGACGUGAAGAUAUCUUGCGUGCUAUGAUUACUAGCAGUGGAAAGAUGAUGUUGUUGGAUCAACUUCUUGGAAAACUGAAGAGAGAUGGCCACCGCGUAUUGAUCUUCUGUCAGAUGGUUGGCAUGCUCAACAUCCUGAGUGAGUAUAUGGAGUACCGUAAUUACAAAUAUCAAAGGUUGGAUGGAACUAUCCCCUCGGCGGCCCGUCGCUUGGCAAUUGAACAUUACAAUGCCCCCGAAAGUACGGAUUUUGCAUUCCUUCUGUCUACACGUGCCGGUGGUCUUGGGAUCAAUUUGAUGACAGCGGACACUGUCGUUCUCUUUGAUUCGGAUUGGAACCCGCAAGCCGAUUUACAAGCCAUGGCACGGGCUCACCGUAUUGGCCAGACCAGGCCCGUCAGUGUCUAUCGUCUCGUUUCAAAAGACACGAUUGAAGAAGAAGUUAUCGAAAGAGCACGAAACAAGCUUCUGCUAGAAUUUAUCACCAUACAACGGGGUGUCACUGACAAGGAAGCCUCUGAGAUGCAAAAUAAGAUGUCUCGAGUAAUUGGGGAACCAAACUCGACGGAAGACAUCUCUCGGAUUCUGAAGCGACGUGGACAGCGAAUGUUCGAACAAACCGAUAACCAAAAGAAGCUGGAAUCGUUGGACAUUGACUCCGUGCUUGCCAACGCCGAGCUUCAUCAGACCGAAGAAACGGAGCAGAUUCAAGCUGACGGUGGCGAGGAAUUUUUGAAGGCCUUUGACUUUGUCGACAUCAAGGUCGAUGAUCUCAGCUGGGAUGACAUCAUUCCCAAAGAACAACUAAAUGAGAUCAAGGCCGAUGAGAAACGCAAGGCAGAUGAGAAAUAUCUUGCAGAUGUGAUCCAGGAAAACCAACCGAGAAAACGUCAAGCUGCCACCCAGUCACGGGAUUCACGAGAAGAACGCAAAGCCAAACGCCAAGCUCGGGCUCAAGUCGCCAUUGAUGAGGGCGAUGACGAGGAUAAUAGCUCAUUAGAUCCCAUGCGUCCUCUGGGAGAGAAAGAGUACCGAGCUCUGUCCCGUGCAUUCCUCCGUUACGGCGAUCUGGAUGAUUGCGAAGAGCUUAUUCUUGAAGAUGCUCGAUUACAGAGUCGUGACCGGGAGACUGUACGCGCUGCUCUUCGCGAAAUGACUGACAAGGCAAACUCCCUUGUCCAGGAUAACUUAACGCAAAUGGAGGCCAUGAAGCAAUCUGGCAAGAAUCUCACCAAGAAAGAGCAAAAAGCAGUUUUGUUUGAUCAUCACGGCGUCAAGCGGUUGAAUGCUUGGACUAUUGUGGACCGGCCUCCUGAUAUGCGGCUGGUUCGAAAGAUGACGACCUUACCCGCCGACUUCAGAACAUUUCGUCUUCCAGAAGCCACUAAAUUGGCUGACUACAGUUGCCCUUGGGGUGCUCAAGAGGACGGUAUGCUCUUGGUAGGCAUUGCCCGGCAUGGAUUCGGUGCCUGGGCCCAAAUUCGUGAUGACACAGAGUUGGGUCUCAGUGAAAAGUUCUUCUUAGAAGAGCAUCGGGUGGAAAGAAAAACCCAGCGUUUGCAGGGCGAGGAAAGGUCCACGAAGUCACCCGGCGCCGUUCAUCUUGUCCGCCGAGCGGAGUACCUACUUUCCGUUUUGCGAAACAAAUAUAGUAGUGGCAAUAAUGCUAGCGCCCGACGUGCAGUUGACAACCACCACCGGAACAACAAGCGCAAUUCGCGCCUUGGCAGCGGUAGUGUCUCUGCGUCCCCUGCUCCAUCGACCCGCAAAGGCCAGCGAGAAGUGGAUCGUGCCCGGCAGCGCUCCCAUGGCGGCCGAGAUGGUGUUGACCGGAACCAUACACCAAGUCACGACCGUCCCAAGUCAGGACAUGACGCCAAUCGUCACCGACGUCGGAUUUCUGAUGCUGGUAAUGAUGAGCUACGUCGACGCAAAUCCCAAGAAAACGGCGGCUCUAGCAAAGAGAAAGACGACAUGGCUUUCAGGGUGCUGAAACCUAUUGUGGGCAUCUUGGACAACGUAUCAAAAAUCACGGCUAAGAACUAUCCGGACAAGGGCAAACGAGCACAUGAGCUUAGAACAACCAUUAUGAAAAUUGGUGAUUUUAUUCGUGAAACCCUAGGAGACGACACGUCAGUGGCCUCCCUCGAAAAGCGUCUGUGGGACUAUGUUUCCGUCAACUACUGGCCCAAUAGUGAAGUCACCGGUGCAAAGCUUCAGGCAAUGUUCAAGAAGGUUCAAGAAGCUAAGGCCUCUAGGGCCUAA